AUGGGCGUUGCAAAGAAAGGCAGGCGCUCCGGGGGCUCAUCUGCCCCCAGUCGAAUCUCCGAUUCUCGUUUCGCGAGCUUUGAGACCGAUCCCCGAUUCCGCCUACCGUCGUCCAAAAAGACCAAGACAGCUAUCGACAAGCGGUUUUCGCACAUGCUCAAGAGCGAGGAUUUCAUCUCGGGUGCCAAAGUCGACCGAUAUGGCAGGAAACUAAAGUCGGAUGCGGGAAAGAAGGCGCUUCAGAACCUCUACCGCGCUGAGGAUGAAGAGGAAGAUAAUAACAGUUCUGGCGGCGAGGAGACGAAAAGGGCACCCGGAACAGAGUCUGGGGACGAAAAUGAUGAAGAGGAUGCGGACGAGGAUGUGGAAGCGGUCGGGGCCCAAAACAUCGAACAAAAGGCUUCCAAGGGUAGGCCAUACGAUCCCGCCCGAGACGGGGGCUUCUCCUCCUCUGAUUCCGACAGUGAGAGUGACAGAGAGGAAGAGGCCGUCGAAGAGCUCGAUGACAAUACCGCGGCGAGCAUGCAGAGAUUCGCCGACGAACAGGCUCAAGUUGAGGAGGGUGAUGUAACGAAAAGGAUAGCAAUCGUCAACCUGGACUGGGACCACAUCAAGUCCCACGAUCUCAUGGCGCUUUUCACCAGUUUCCUGCCCGCGGCGGGCAAGGGUAGGAUUGAAAAGGUCUCGGUGUACCCUAGCGAAUUUGGAAAGGAGCGUAUGCAGCGGGAGGAGCUUGAGGGCCCCCGCAUCAAGCAGGAGCUGCUCCAAGAAGAGGAUGACAAGGACUUCGAUAGCGACGCCCUCAGAGCGUACCAAUUAGAUCGUCUAAGGUACUACUACGCCGUUAUGGUCUGCUCGGAUCCGGCCACGGCGCACACCAUCUACGAGGCUACUGACGGCACCGAAUACCUCUCCUCUUCCAACUUUAUCGAUCUUCGCUUCAUUCCCGACGAUGUCACUUUCGAUGACGAGCCCCGUGACGAAUGCACCUCCGUACUCGAGGGUUACGAGCCAGUUGAAUUCGUCACCAAUGCCCUUCAGAGCUCCAAGGUAAAGCUGACCUGGGAUAUCCACCCUGAGGAGGCAGCUCGGAAACAGUCUAUGCAAAAGGCCUUUAGCGGCAGUCGUGCCGACAUGCAGGAGAACGAUCUCCGAGCCUACCUUGCCAGCGAUACCGAGGACGAGGCUGGCUCUCCUGACGAAGGCGACGAAGGCCUGUCAAAGAAGGAGCUCGCCAAGAAGAAGCUACGAGAGGCGCUGGGGCUGGGCGACGAGUCCGCCGCUAAAUCCUCCAAGGACGGUCCCGUAGGCGAUAUGGAAAUCACCUUCACCUCAGCUCUCAUGGAGGGCCCAAAGAAGGUUAAGAAGGCCGAAGAAGAGGAGACUACAAUAGAAAGGUACGCUCGCAAGGAGCGCGAGAGGAAGCAAAGGAAGAAGGAGCAGAACGUUGCCAAGCGCAAUGAUGCCCAGUCCGAUGGCUCUGCCGACGAGGCCCCCGCCGACUCGACGGAAGACCUCGGUUUCAAUGACCCCUUCUUCACAACCGAGGAGCCUGCCGUGAGCAAGUCACAGAUCCGCAAAGAAGAUCGGCUCAAGAAGCGUGAAGCCAGGGAGGCAGAAGAGGCCGAGAACGCCGCCAGCAAGGCCAAGUUGAAGCGCAUUAUGGACGAUGGCGCCGAGGAGGACGGCAUGAAGAAGCGCGGCAAGGAUGACGAAGACGCCUCCGCCAACCUCCAGGAGAGCAAGAGCCUGCGCCUAGACGACCGUUUCAGCUCCCUGUUCGAGAAUCACGAAUACGCCAUCGACACAUCGAACCCGUCGUACACCCGCACGGAGGCGCUCAAGAAGAUGCUGGAUGACGGCCGCAAGCGCAAAACGAGGGAACGCGACGACGGCGCGGAGCCAGAGACGAGCAGCAAGAAGAACAAGAAGGCUAAGAAGGAGAAACACGAUAACGACGUUGACCUGGGUAGUCUAGUGGCCUCUGUCAAGCAAAAGGCCAAGAAGAAAUCCAAGGUAUAA